GAAAAGCUGGAGCAUUGAUUAAUUAACAACGAGAAAGAAAGAAAAGAAAAUGGCAGGAAAGUCAACUUAAGAUUACUGUUUUUCCUCUUUCUCUAAUAAGUAGAGUAAAUUCUACUACGAUAAUUAAUAACAGGAUGGAAAGAAAGUAAUCCGACCGAUCUUGUGUAGUAUAAUACAAUAAUAGUAAGUGAGUGAGUGAGUAGUCCUCAUCGAUCGAUCGAUCCAUCCAUCCAUCUGGUCAGUGAAGAAGAAAGGAAAGGAAAGGGGAAGGAUGCAUUUGAGCGAGAAUGAAGGAAUAGAAGGGAAGGGGUUUGUGGUGACAGGGGGGUUGGGAUUUGUAGGAUCAUCACUGUGUUUGGAGCUCAUCCGGAGAGGCGCCCGUCUCGUUCGCGCCUUCGAUCUCCGAUCCUCUUCUCCUUGGUCUCCUCUUCUCCUCCAAAAUGGAGUCCAUUUUGUUCAAGGGGACAUCAUCAAUAGGAAAGAUGUGGACAAGGCAUUGCGGGGAGUCGAUUGUGUUUUCCACCUUGCUUCAUUUGGCAUGUCUGGAAAAGAAAUGCUUCAAUAUGGCCGUGUUGACGAUGUCAAUAUCAAUGGAACCUGCCAUGUCUUGGAAGCCUGCCACCAGCAUGGUGUCAAAAGACUUGUGUAUGUCAGUACAUCCAAUGUUGUGUUUGCUGGAACUGAAAUUGUUAACGGAAACGAAAAGCUACCUUAUGUCCCGCUGGAUAACCAUGUUGACCCGUAUAGCCGAAGCAAAUCUAUUGCUGAACAGCUUGUUCUAAAAAGCAACGGCCGUCCUUCCAAGAAUGAUAAUGGGAAAUGUUUAUAUACAUGUGCUAUUCGUCCGGCUGCAAUCUAUGGACCCGGUGAAGAAAGGCACUUGCCUAGGAUUAUCAAUCUUGCGAAAUUAGGACUGUUGCCAUUCAAAAUUGGUGAACCAAGUGUGAAAAGUGAUUGGGUUUAUAUUGAUAAUCUCGUUUUGGCAUUAAUUCUGGCGAGUAUGGGACUUUUGGAUGACAUUCCCGGGAGAGGAAAACAGCCGAUUGCUGCUGGCCAGCCAUACUUCAUAUCAGAUGGUUCUCCUGUCAAUACUUUUGAAUUCAUCCGUCCAUUGCUCAAAAGCCUAGAAUAUGAUAUGCCGAAGGUGUCGUUGCCCGUCCCAACAGCUAUUACUGUGGCAAAAGCAUUUUCUGCUAUCUACACUCUCAUGUAUCCUCUGUUGAACCGUAGCUGGCUUCCUCAACCAUUAUUGCUUCCAGCUGAAGUUUACAAGGUUGGUGUGACCCAUUAUUUCAAUUACCUUAAAGCAAAACAAGAGUUGGGGUACACCCCAAUCACGAGUCCCCAAGAAGGUAUGGCUACCACCAUCUCAUUCUUCCAAGAGAGAAAACGGAAAAGUUUGGACGGGCCAACGAUUUAUGAAUGGUUUUUCUGUGUAUUUGGAAUGUCGGCUGUGAUUGGUGCUGCCUUCUUCCCUGUACCACUACUUAGACCUGCAUGUCUUUUCAUCAUGCGCUCCCUGUGGUUGUUAAGGCUACUUGCUGUCUGGGCCAUAGCGAUGCACAUUGGUGAAGCUACAUAUGCAUGGAUGUUAGCAAAGAGAGUGGAUCCAGCAAAUUCUAGAGGAUGGUUUUGGCAGACUUUUGUUCUUGGAUUCUUCUCAUUGAAAUUUCUCCUAAAGAGGGCCAAACAAUAGGUCUCCUUUUGUUGUCAUAUGGAAUUAAUGACUUGUGUGGUAGAGUUUUUAAAGACUUCUUUUCAUGUUGUCAAGCCUAAGUUUGGCACUUGGUUUUUCAACUCAAAA